UUUGUCCACACGGCAAGGCAAAUUACCUUGUAGAGUCAGCAUGGAGGUUUGCUAACUCUGCCAGACUUGGUGCAGGAAAAAUACCAGCCGUGCUGCUAAAUCAAAACCCCAUGAGAAAACUUUCUGGUGACAGAGGGGCAUUGUGACCCACGUUGCCCAGGGCCAGGGAAAGGGCAGCUGCUCAUGGUCCUUCCUCACAAGUUUUCCUGGAGCAGAUGGACACUCCCAAGCCCAGGGAGCCCACAGGAGCUUCAGAAGGGCUUGGCUGGAGGGCGGGGCCCCUGUUGCACUUGCUCACUGGGGACUGGGGAGGCUCUGAUCGCAGACCGGGGAUGCUGCCACCUCUGUCUGCUGCCGGCAGAAAGCCACAAGCCAUGAAAACUGAUUGAGACGAGAAGAAUUCAUCUGGGACUGGCUUUUGCUUUAGGAUGGUGUUGGAAGUUGCUCAUUGUCACUGGAAGCCUGGUCCACUAUAAGGGUGUCGGGAUCUGAAGAGCUAUGGUGAAACACCACUGAAGCAUUGCCAAGGGGAGGAGAUUGUUUUUCCAAUUAUUACUACAACAAACAUUUUCAUCUCUCACAUAUGUCUAUACAACGAUGUUUUAUUAACCUGAGAUAGUCCAGAGUGAGACUGAAAAUCAAAAGGUGGGUUUGAGGAGCAAUGACAUGAGGAAUGUGCUUUCAACUCUCUGGAAGAAAUGCAUGACUGUGUUUCACUUAAUCGAAGACACCACUGAUAGGAAGGCUAGCAUUUAAUUUAUGUAUCACUAAAAGAGAAAAAACAUGCCGCUACUAAUUAUACUGCAAAGCAUCCUCCAUUGUGAGACACCUCCCAGUUCAGAGAUAUUGAAACGUGAAAAAAGGUCCAUCUUAGAACUGAUGAAAUAUGGUGUGUACAUCCAAAGGAAAUCACCACUAACAACACGCCCUUCCGACACGCGUGGGGACUUGGGUGCUUCCUCUCUAUGAUGUGUGCACCUUGGGAAAGAGCCCAAUGCAAGCGCAGGAGUGCAGUGGUCUCAGGAUGGGGCUGGUGAGCAGCAAAAAGCCGGACAAGGAAAAGCCGAUCAAGGAGAAGGACCACGGCCAAUGGAGCCCCGUGAAGGUCAGCGCCGAAGACAAGGAUCCCCCGCCACUGCCACCCCUGGUUGUCUUCAACCAUCUUACUCCUCCACCGCCCGAUGAACACCCGGAUGAAGAUGAGCAUUUCGUGGUGGCUCUGUAUGACUACGCCGCCAUGAAUGACCGGGACCUGCAGAUGCUGAAGGGGGAGAAGCUACAGGUCCUGAAGGGAACUGGAGACUGGUGGCUGGCCAAGUCACUCGUCACGGGAAGAGAAGGCUAUGUGCCCAGCAACUUUGUGGCCCGAGUGGAGAGCCUGGAAGUAGAAAGGAAAACAGUGAGUCCAGGGCUGACAGGAAGCGGAACUGGAAGGGCAGCGGGGCAGAGGGCACUGACUCCACCACGGUGGUUCUUUAGAUCACUGGGCCGGAAGGAGGCCGAGAGGCAGCUUCUUGCUCCAAUCAACAAGGCCGGCUCCUUUCUUAUCAGAGAGAGUGAAACCAACAAAGGUGCCUUCUCCCUGUCUGUGAAGGACGUCACCACCCAGGGGGAGCUGAUCAAGCACUAUAAGAUCCGCUCCCUGGACGAAGGGGGCUACUACAUCUCCCCCCGGAUCACCUUCCCCUCGCUCCAGGCCCUGGUGCAGCACUAUUCUAAGAAGGGGGAUGGUCUCUGCCAGAGGCUGACCCUGCCCUGUGUGAGCCUGGCCCCGCAGAACCCCUGGGCCCAAGAUGAAUGGGAAAUCCCUCGGCAGUCUCUCAAGCUGGUCAGGAAACUCGGGUCUGGACAAUUCGGCGAAGUCUGGAUGGGUUACUACAAAAACAACAUGAAGGUGGCCAUUAAGACGCUGAAGGAGGGAACCAUGUCUCCAGAAGCCUUCCUGGGCGAGGCCAACGUGAUGAAGGCUCUGCAGCACGAGCGGCUGGUCCGACUCUACGCAGUAGUCACCAAGGAGCCCAUCUACAUUGUCACCGAGUACAUGGCCAGAGGAUGCCUGCUGGAUUUCCUGAAGACAGAUGAAGGGAGCAGAUUGUCACUCCCAAGGCUGAUUGACAUGUCGGCGCAGGUGAUGCCCACAGACAUCUCCUGUAGGACAUCCCAUCCCAGGGGCCCUCAGCCUUUGCACAGCCCUGGCGUCGACCUCAGGCUGAUGGGCAGGCCUGAGCUACACACAGGUGCCAGGGACAUGACUUCUCUGAGCCCUGGAGGACAGCCCCAGCUUCUGCCACCAGGGAAUUGCGAGCGCUGGACCUCCUCGGCUACCCUGGACUGGUCCUCAGUGUCCCUCACGUUCACAUGCAGAACCUUCUGGACUCCGUGAGGUGAAGAACAGAGUGGAGAGGAGGGUUUUAGCUGAGAGCUCUAGCUGGCAGGAAGCACAUCUGGUGGCCCUGUUAAAACUGGAACUCUCAGCAGAAAAGUUUUGGUCUGUGGUCAGCCUGUGAGGCACACACGUGCGUGUACACACACACACACACACAGCUGCCACUGAAAGGAAACCCUCCCACCCACCGCCCACAUCAGCCCUCCCCCCUCGCCCAGCCUUACCCAGUAGUGCCGCUGCAGGAACUGAUGCCACAACGCCUUUUUCCGCUGAGGUGGGCAGAGAGCCAUCUGGGCAGGCUGGUUUUGGAAAACGAGUGCUGGUAACUGGCUUCAAACCCUAGGGCAGUGAUAAGCCUGCCCACUGCUGCUGCUUCCUUUCCCCUUCCUUCUCUCACCCUCUGCUGUCUCCUAUUCAAUCCCCACUACACCCCCUUGGGAAAUCUUGUGUGACCCAGGGGCAAAGGAUGUGAAAAGCCAUUUGAGUUUAAUACCUGGAUGUAGCCACAGAGUUGGGGGUGAGGACCCAGAAAAUGAGAACCUCCCAGAAGGGCAGCCUCUAACCACAUGCUGACCAUGCCAAUGGCUCUCCAGACACACAUGUACACACACACACACUCUCACACACACAUAAACUCACACAGACUCACACACAAACACACAGACUCACACACACACACAAAUAUACACACAAACACAUAGGCUCACACAGACACACAAACUCACACACAGACACACAGACUCACACACAGACACAGACCCACACAGACUCACAAAUACAGACUCAGACUCACAAACUCACACAAACACACAAACUCACAAACACACAAACUCACAAACACACAAACACACAGACAUACAAACUCACACACAAACACACAAACUCACACACACAUGAGCAGACACACACCUGGCCCUUCUGGGUUCUUCUUACUCCAAAGGAAGCAAUGCAAAGUCCCACCAGACCUUUCCUCCAAGGCCAGAUCUGGCCAACCCCACAAGAACCCUGCAAUCACAAUCCCUUGGGCCCCACUUUGCAGCCAGAUGCCACUGGUUCCCAUGCCCCAUGCCUCGCCACCACUCUGCCUCCUCUGCCCAGGAAGCCUGGAACUCUUCCCACCUGGCAGAAUCCUUAUCAUCAUCCAUGGCUCAAGUGUAAUGUCAUUUCUAUGACGGUUUCCCUGGACAAGAAACUACUAGAGAGCCCUUAGCUCGGGUGUUCCCGGAAGCACUGUUCUUGCUAAGCAGAUCUGGGCAGCUUCUUCUUGAAAGCAGAUCUGGGCCCUACUCAACAUUUUUUUAUAUAUAUUUCUGGUACUGCUCAAUAAAUAUUAGUUAUCAGAACGA